CAUUUCUCUGAAUAAGAAUCUCUGGGAGUGGGAUCCAGUGUACGUGUGUGUGUUUAAUUUUUUUAAGAUUCCUGGUUAUCUUGGUGUAUGACCAGUUUUGAGAAUCACUGAUCUGGGGCCACACUGUCCUUCUGUUACUCACACAUUGCCUGGCAAGAUGCCUUAUGUUGUGAUCUUCUCUCUGAUCAUGCUCAUUAUGGUAGUAGGGAAAUACUGCCUUUUGUCAUAGCACUGACAAGCUCUAUGGAAUUAGGCUUUGAGCCUUACUGGGCCUUGGGUGCUUUACAACGUAAUUCAGAGUCUAUGGAGCAAGUGAGACACUUCCCCAGAACUACCUCUACUCUUAGGCAAGAGCUGUUUCUGUCCUGCACUGAUGAAAGCAGAGCCUGGGCAGCUAAAUUCUUCCUGAUUCCCAUUGCCUAUCUAAUAUUUCUAACUCUGCUGCAAGGCAGGUAGGUGGGGCAAUUCCAGUAUUGUAUCCUGAUGUGAAUAAAGAACAGAUUUGGCACCUUAAAAUUUUAUAAAACUUCUCUAGUUAAGAACUCAAAAGUUCCAGAAAAUUUUUUAGGAUGUACUGAAACUCUUCCUACUCAAUAAAACUGAGAUUCUAUUUGCCAUACCUUCAUGAACACAUUUUUUUUGUGUGUGUGUGUUAUGCGGGCCUCUCACUGCUGUGGCCUCUCCCAUUGCGGAGCACAGGCUCCGGACGCGCAGGCCCAGCGGCCAUGGCUCACGGGCCCAGCCGCUCCACGGCAUGUGGGAUCCUUCCAGACCGGGGCACGAACCCGCAUCCCCUGCAUCGGCAGGCGGACUCUCAACCACUGCGCCACCAGGGAAGCCCCCUAUGAACACAUUUUGGUAGGAAAAAUAAGGGGUUUCCAAAAAACACCAAAUGAAUUUUUACCUGUGAUCCCUCAAUUUCACGCUGGAAAGAGUCUGCAGUUUUUUGACUAAAGCAGUUAACGCAUAAUAUUCAUGUGAUGAACGAGCAACUUCUUGUCUAGAUUAAUUCCAUCCAUAUAUUGUGUUUUGGCCAGCUUAACUUGUUGAGCUAACCAGGAUGCUCUGAAAGUAGCAUUAAUGAUAUCCCUUAUGGAUACAUCUCCUAUGGAAGAAAUAUACAUCUUUUGUACAUAUAUGCUUUUGACAGAUUAAUAAAAUUUACUUCACAAACUCAUUCCAAAGACAUCCAAAUGUCUUUAAAACACCUCAUAAUUUUGGAAUACUAAUCCCCAAAUUUAAGUUUUCCAAAUGAAGAAAUAAUAUAUCAAGAUCACAGAAAAUCAUUAGUCAUUAAUCUUCGAAAUAACCAUUAUGAAUAAUUAGUAAUAUUAUCAAAUUAAAAGAAGAAAUCAUGGACUAUGGCUAGCUAAGGGUCAUCAUGCACCCAAAGUAACAAUUAAACAUUGAUCAUAUGCCAGGCACUGAGAGUAAAACAGUGAAUAAGACAUAGGGGUCCCAAUUAACUGGUGGCAGAGGAAAUUAGUGGGGCCUGGAAAGUAGGAGACGGUAGGCUAGGAAGAAAUAAGGGCAAGUGUGAAGGCCUGGAGGCAGAGCAUGGAGGUUUGCUGACGCCUAAAAUUUGGAGGGAGACAACAGUGAAGAACCUGAGGGUGGUAGGCAGGGUUAAAUCAUGAAAGACCUUGAAGCCCUCUUGAGAAAUUAUCCCAAGGGAAAGGGUUUUAAAAAGAGAAUAUAUGUAUUUUAGGUAUGCAUUUUAGAAAAAUCCCUUCAGCUGAAGUGGAAAAUAGUUUAAAGAGGCAAAACUGGAGGCAGAAUAUCUAAUAGGAAAGCUUUGGAAGAAUGCAGGCCAGAGAUGAUGGUGACCUCAACUAAAGUUGUGGAGCAGCGGAGACUAUGAGAUAAAUGAAUAAAUCUGGAAGAUCCUAAGAAGGCAAAAUUAACAGGACUCUGACCCACUGAAUGAGUAAGGUAAGAGAAGGGGAGGAGGUUGAAAAUACUCAAGUUUCUGGCUGCUGCAGAUGGACUCAUAGAUACUGCAUUUACUAUGAAUGAUUUCUGGUGAACCUUACUUCUUAGACUAGUACUCAAGUUAAAUACUAAGGUGGUUGAUGUUAUGUUUCUCCUGUAUUUUUUUCUCCACAGAUAAUAUUAGAAGCACUGAUCAUUUUUACUUUAUCCCAAAUAAGGUGUUAAUUCAUUGAUUUAGCAAAUAUUUAUUGAAUCCCAGUAAGGUAUAGGCAGGGUAUAUUGUUAGGCAUUAGUGACAUAGACGAGGUCCAUUGGUUAUUUAAUGCAAUAGUGUUAAGGGCUACAUGGAAAUGCAGGGCGCCAUGACAGCAUAUAAAGGGGACCUGCGACCCUGGUAGGGCAGGAAAACUUCCCUGAGGACUACACUCUUUAGGGGAGGACUGAAAUCUGGGCAAUGACCUAGACAGGGGACAGAGGAGGGGUACCAGUGCACAAAAAAGAGCAUUCUCAGAAGAGGGAACAAAAAAGGGCAAAGGUCUCAAUACCUCAGGAGAAUUCUGAAUUUCUGGAGCCAAAAGAAGGUCAGUGAGGCUGGAGCACAAAAAUCCUUAAAGUAUGUGGAAACAGGUGAAACUGAUGAAACUACUGAGGUAGGUGGUGGCAGGAUCAAGUAGGGCUUUGUAGACCACUGAGGAGUUUCUAUUUUCUCCUGAGAUGAAUGGGAAGCAUUAAAGUAUUUUAAGCAGAGGAUCAUAAGAUUUGCAUUAAAAAAUGAGAGAGACAGACAGACACACAGGGAGAGGGGGACAGAGAAAGGGAGAGUGAUAUCUAUGAUCAGUGGGCCACUGUGAGGAGAAUGGAUGGGUGAGGGUGGGGAGAGAGCUAUAAAAAUUAAACCAGGCUCUUCCUAAUUUUCUGUCUCCUUUUUGGUUUUUUGUUUAUUUUUCAGAAUUAACUGUGCAUAACCCAUUUUUCUACUAGGCAGUUACCCACUGAAAUAAUAAAAAUUACAAAAUGUGAAACUGAACAGCCCAUUGUUUUUAGACUUCUUAGAAUCAUAUUUAUGUCACAAACCUUACCCCUAUUUCAAUUCUGAUAACUAAGAUUGAAUAUGUUAAAAAUGUACAGAGAGCUUGUGAUAUAAUAGAAAUACUAAAAAAAUAGCUUGAUGAACCAAUUGAAUAUAUAAGGGAAAAAGUAAUGCAGUCUAGUCUUUGUCUUUGAAAAAUAUAGGUCAGUAGAGAGAAAAGACCAUUAACCACCAGCAUACAAAUGAACAAAAUUUGGCUUCUUUGCAUAAUUGGUUUUCUAAAUGCCCACAGAUGCCGCCUAACCGACUAAGAGGUAUUGGGUGCUACAGAAAGUCUUUCAGAUGUUAGGCUUACACACUAGGCAGGUUCUCCAUAAACACUUCCACCGUUUUUACUUCUUCUAAGCAAUUAUAUUACUUUUUUUAACUGAUAUUUAAAUGUCCCUGCCUCAAAUGUAAUCUGCUAGAUUAAGAACUGGCAAUUGUCACUAUGUUUACACAAGAAUUGCUCUUUUGGACUGAACUUUUCCACCUUCCUGAUGUGUCCAGUUCCUGGUGCAGUCAUCAAACUCUAGGCAGACAAGUGGUCUUCACAUUACCUCCGAAAGAGUGUUUGCUUAAAGCUGCCCAAGGCCUUAUAAAUUCUUAGGUGGGUAGAUGGAAUUUUUACUUAGAGACCUAUUUUUAUCCCCCUUCUUGUGUGGCAGGUAUAGAAAAGCAAAGUAAGCAGAACGUUCAGUCUUCCACUGGACCGUGGGAGUGCUGAGAUUCCUUCAAACUCAUCCUCAAUUCUCCUGGAAACCAAUGGGUGUUGCUACUUAGGGAGUAUCUCCUUACCAGCCUCCUUGCUUAUCUGGCCAGACUGCCUGGGGAGAGGCACAGCAGGGCAAUGCAAGGAACUUGCACUUAGAGUCAGAUCUGGGUUGGAAUACUUACUGUGAGACCUGGGAGGAGUUACUCAACCUCUCUGAGCCAAAAUUUCCUCAUCUUUAAGGCUGAAGGAAAUCUGUGGACAGAAAGGCCCCUCUGCGAGCGGUCAAAGCUGGUUUUGCGCCCCCAACACCUCUUUCUCGGGCUUGGUUAUUCUACAGUAACUUCUCUUAGGGCCUUGAGGACCAGACCCGGAGCGUCAGGGGAGAGAGGCCACUGACCUCGAAGUCGGGGCGAUGGGCGAUGGGUGAUGGGACGGCACAGCGCUGGGGCCUGGCAAUGGCAGUCGGCCCCGAGCCCGACGCUCAGCGCCAGGAGCAGCGGCAGCAGCAGAGAAGCCAGCCCCAGGGCCCCGUGCAGCGAGGGAAUGAGGCGCCGGCUCCGGAGCUGCGGCCAGGCCAUGCCAGCGGCUCACCAAUCAGCAGAGCUGUCCCGGAUUCCCUGGCGGCGCCUGCUUUAUGGACGGAUUCCAAUGAUGCUAAGUGAAGAGCCAACUUGCAAAGUGAGGAGAGAGGUCACUGGAGCAUUCCAGGCAAAAAGAACAGCAGGUGCAAAGGCCCAGAGGAUCAUUCUGGGUAGUCUUCCUGAUGCCAUCACAGCCUCUGCCUGAACCCCAACAGGAAGGUCCAAAGCAGCAGAUGCAAACCCAGACGGGGCAAACUGGUGGAUUACUCUGUGUCCAGAAAAAUGGAGCUCAAGGCCACGAACAGAUACACCAUCCCAGGGAACCUGGCUGUCUUCCUCUAUCUGACCAUGGGGCUGCUGGCUAUUGGCUGGUUCUUCACUCGCUGGUACUUUGUUUAUGAAGCCACCUUCACCAAGCACACUCAUGAUAUGUACAAAAAGCUUCUCAUCUCCUUGGUGGCCUUGCUAUCCAUUGACUUUGGAGUUCUCUUCCUGCUACUCUGGGUUGGCAUCUACGUAUGAGCUCCUAAGGGAUCCAACCAGGUGGAUUCGUUGAAUCUUGGUUUUUGUAAAUUAAUUUUUUUUAACUGUUGCUGGAAGUGUCCCACCUGCUGCUCAGA